AGGAGUGGAGGACAAGCCCCGGCCUGGUGAGGAAGAGAGAGAGAUGCGAUUGUGCGUGUUUGGGACGAGAGGGGAGCACAGAGUGAUCUCAAUCGAGGCAAAAGUCCGACCGCGGAGGGAGCGCACUUAAAUCACGUGGGGGUGUGGAUGUGUCCGGGGGAAAAGUAAAAGUGUCGUCGGAGUUGACUUGCGCUCGCACUUUGUUUUUCCUCCUCACUUUGCUCGGUUCUCCACUCCCUCCGCCCUGCAUUCCGCGGAGCAGCUGUGUUUUAAUGCCCCUGCGCACCCGAGGAGGAGAGGAAGGAGAGAGGAGUGAGGAAGAAGAGGCAGAAGAAGAAGAAGAAGAAGAAGCAGAAGACGGAGAAGUGAGGAGGCCUGGACACCACCCCUCCUCGCCCUUUGGAGGUCUGUCCACUCUCCCCUCCUGGCCCUGCAUGGACGGGGAUGGGGAGAGCCGGAUGCUGUUGCCGCGGGGCUGAGCGCCUCACCUCCCCGUCUCUGGUGCGACGCUUCCGGCCACUGCUGCUGCUGAUCAUCGCUCUCUGCUGCGGUGCUCACUUAGGUCAGUGCCAAGUGGCCACCCCUCAGUGCCGUAUCCAGAAGUGCACCACCGACUUCGUCUCCCUGACCUCCCACCUGACGCCGGCUGUGGAUGGCUUUCACACUGAAUUCUGCAAGGCUCUACGUGCGUACUCGGCCUGCACCCAGAGGACGGCCAAGUCCUGCCGGGGUAACCUGGUGUUCCACUCGGCCGUGCUGGGCAUCUCCGACCUCAUGAGCCAAAGGAAUUGCUCCAGAGACGGGCCCACCUCCUCAACGCACCCCGAGGUCCAUCAUGAGCCCUGCAACUACCACAGUCGAACCCAGCAUGCCCACGCGCACUCCCACGUGCAUUCACACACACACUCCCACGCUCACGGCCACAGCCAUGGCCACUCCCAGCCCGGGUACCUGUUCUGCGGGCUGUUUGGGGACCCACAUUUGAGGACAUUUAAGGACAGCUUCCAGACUUGUAAGGUGGAGGGGGCGUGGCCUCUCAUCGAUAAUGACUAUCUGUCGGUGCAGGUCACUAAUGUCCCUGUGGUACCUGGCUCCAGUGCAACAGCCACCAAUAAGAUCACCAUCAUUUUUAAGCCCUACGAGGGUUGUACGGACCAGAGGGUCUACCAGGCGGUCACUGACAACCUCCCUGCCGCCUUUGAUGAUGGAACCAUAAGCAGUGGAGACCCCAUCCACUCUUCUGCUGGAGCAGACGGUGCCACUGGGAAGGUCCGGGCUCUGUGGAUCUCCGAGCGCAGCCCGGGGCACCACGUGGAGCUGCACGCCGGCUACAUCGGUGUAACUGUAAUCAUUCGCCAGCUAGGUCGCUACCUGACCCUUGCAGUGCGGAUCCCGGAGGACCUGGCUCAGGCCUAUGAUGCCACCCAGGACCUGCAGCUCUGUCUGAACGGCUGCCCCAAUGGAGAACGCAUCGACCAGGCGGGGCAUCUCCCCCUGCCCCUCUCCCCUCCUGCGCUUGGCCUACAGCUUCAGCAGCUGCGUCGGCCCAGCUAUGCCUCACAGACACAAGCGUCACCCUACGGUGCAGUGCAGGUUUUCAGCGUGGAGGGGGCGAAGGAACGCUGCAGGGAGCAGCUGGAGGUGCAGGACAUUUACUUCCACUCCUGUGUGUUUGAUCUCCUGACCACCGGGGAUUCUAACUUCACACUAGCCGCUUACAGCGCCUUGAAGGACAUGGAGAGCCUCCACCCACACCGAGAUAGAUGGAGGAUCUUCCCCCGCAGCUCUGCCACCUCCACCUUACAAUCUGAUUCUCAGCCUAUCACACAAUUCACUCUGCUCCUGCUGUGUGCUCUGAGCUCAGUGUUGAUGUAAGAACAGGGGUGGGAGUCUUUGUGUUUGUGGGCUGUGUGUGUAUGUGUGUGCACUAAAGAGAGAGGGGUUUUUUUGUUGUUUUUUUUGCUGAGCACUGAUAUUAAGCACUGAUUCCUCUGUCAUGAAGAGGAAACAGCAGACUGGACAGUUGUUUGGAAGUAUUUCUGGAGAAGAGGUGGCAGGGCUCCCAGCGGGCGCAGGAGACACUGGCAGCAUCUCACCUGGCAGAAUCAGCUCUCUGGGGAAAACCACAGGAGACGUGAUGACAGCUUCCACAAUCUUCGGGGUGGACAUUUGACAGUGACACAGAUGUACCGGUGGGGGGGGGGCGGCAAACUGUAAAUAGCUUGUCUUCAGUGCACAGUGUAAUGUUUCUUUAUUUUGUGUCAUUUCAUGUGAUUUUUUCUUUAAUACCUCAGACAGAGGAAGUUUGUUUUAACAGAAGCACUUUAAAUAGUUGUUUUUUUUGUUUUUUUGUUUUUUUUAACAAAUCCACAUCAGUGUUUCUUCCUCUCACCUACUGUCCUCCACCAAAAUCUUCAAUGGUUCUGGCGACCAUCUAUGAUAUGAUUAUUGGUAUUUUCAAAGUAAAAGUCUGUUGAAUACAAAGAGCUGCCAUUUUUGUUAAAAUGCAUCUUUCCUCCAGUAGCUGAUUUGACCCAGCGUGUCAUUUUAAGUCAGUCAGUGUGAGUUGUUCUCUUUUGAAUGUAUUAUUGAUAUUGUCACAGCAGAUGCCAUCAAUACUAUUUUGUUGCUGUAUAAAUGUGUUGUUUUUCCUCAGUCCUGAUUUCAAAUAUGUGCAGGUGUGCGUGAAAGUGUGUGUGCGUGGCUGAAUCAGUAUUUUUAGUUUUUUUGUUUUCUUACCAGUUGGUGACAUGCUUGGAUGUGUUUUUUUUUUAUGUUCUCUGACAAUCAUGUCAGAGGCACUCCCACCUUUUUGCCAAGAGGCUGUGAUGAUACCGGCUCAUGUUUGUUGCUCACUGUAUUAUUUUGAUGUGUUGAUUUGAGCCAAAGACAGAUCAUUUAUGGUUUUCGUGUACAAAGAAGUCAUAACUCACCACCAAACCAGCACCCUCCUCCUCCUCCUCACACUCUCUCCCUUUGUUUGGGAGUUGCUACUGUAGACUGUUUUUCUCUUACUGCCAGAAUUGAUGAGCUGCUCCUCACUGGGAUACGUGUAAAAUACUGGUGUGUAGACAAAACGCUGCAAAUCACUGAGAAAAAACCUUACCACACUGUCACACCACAUGUGCUUUGGCAGUGUAUUGUGUAUCCCAAUUUGAAACCUGAUAGAAAUGUCAACCCUUAGGACUUUGAGCCUAUAACACUCUGUAGAAUUAUGCCCCAUUUGGUUGGUCAUAUAGGCCUAAUCUCAUUGUUUUUGGCCAUCAUGUGUGAGUGUCGGUUUGGUAAAGAGUGACUGGUCAAUGUUGAAAUACUUAACUUAUUUAUGAUCGUAGUGUCCUGUAGAGGAAGUUAAGCUCCAUAUUCUUGCUGUUGGAUAAUAAUUUAAAAAAUGUCAGAUGUGAUUGUACUGCCACCUAGUGGUGCUCUGUUGCUAUGUCAGUGUGUUACUCAAGGCGCUCAAAACAAAAAAAAAAAUCAUGAAAAAAAAAACUGUGUGCAAGUGUUUUAUUUAAAAAAAAACAAUAAAGUCAAAAUGUUCCAA